UUGCCACCGCCCUAAGUCGUGAAAAUCUAUUGUGUGGUGUAAAAUGGUCUUGCAAUGGGGCAAAAUGGUAUUACACAAAAUGUCUAAACACAUGAAAACAAAGGGGCAAAAUGGACCACAACAUUGAACUUCAGGCAUUGGUUUAAGCUCUUGCAUCACGGUAGAAUUGUGAGAGUUGAAAUUGAAGUUUAACAUUUAAGUGUUUUGUUAAAUAAUUUAGUCAAAUGCUGGUAUAUUUCAAAAAUUCACGUGUUGCCAAUAAUUUUACUUGUCGAUAUAGUGAACAUACAGUACAGUUUUAUUUAUUUACAGCUAGUGUAUUGUAGCGACCUUAGCUUGUACCACAGCCUCAUAUUGCGCCUGUUAACACAUAAAGACCAUUUUGCCCCAAGCUGGAACGAUCAUUUUGCCCUAAUGAAACAUUUUACAAACUUUAACUUUAAAAACUUUGCACUUAAUCAAAAUGAUUACUUUUUUACGUAAAUCUUGCAUAAAUACCAUAUGCCUGGAUACACAUUAUUUUUUUUGCUCUAAUUAUAUGUUUAAUUCUUACGAAAGCUUAUUUUCGAGACGAUGAAAUUUGCAUCGCUUAGAGCAGGGGUCUCCAAACUACGGCCCGCGGGCCGCAUGCGGCCCUCAAGAGCUUAUAAUGCGGCCCACGAUGACUUUGCCAGAGUUAAAAUAAAUAUUGCAUUAUUAUGAAUUUUUAAAAUUAAAAUGUAUUUUUUACUUUUCUUAGACAAAAAUCAAGCUUUAGUAACACGAAACUGUACAAGUAUCGUUGGUAUUUUAUUAUAAAAACGAGAUUUAAACGUUCACUCAUCAGUUAAAGGUAGCGUCAAAUGACCCUCAACAUAGUUGUUUUUGAAGCAAUGCGGCCCGGGAGCUGAAAAGUUUGGAGGCCCCUGGCUUAGAGCAAACAUUUUAUUCGCUAAAUUAUUCAACUAUUUGGAAAUCUUCUGUUAUGAAGCGUUCAUGGUGCGAUUUAAACAAUUUAUUUGAUAUUUUUUAGUCUUUAGAAGUCAUCAUAACCGUAUUAAUUUGCUAAUAAUGCAGGUGGCCAUUACGCCCCACCUAACCAAUUUGCCCCAGGUUCUCCUAUACAUAUUCCUAUGUUGAAGCUCACGCUCUUGGUUUCAUUUUUCAUCCAUUCCAUUCCAUUCUAUUUAAAAAAAAUCCACGAUCAUGGCUAGGUUAUCGGCCGGGCUGUUCGUCGAUUCUCGGAAACGGAGAGGAAACCACAAGACUCAUCCAUAGCGCACGAGAAGAAUGGAGGGGUUAGUGUAAAACCUCGUGAAAACAAAGGAGCAACGAUCGGCCUGCAGAAGCGAAGACAGCUCAACACACGCACGUUGAGUCCCCCCCAGUCAACCAGGCGGAAUAAAAGCAGAGGCCCCGAACCGAAAUGCAAAAUGCCAAUGUACAUGUGAUGUGUGGAUAGACCUAAAAAUGUUAAAGGGGACAAAAAUUAUCAGUUAUCGCCUUGACGAGUACAAGGCGAAAUGGAUAUCGCCCAAAAAACCCACCGUUAAAUUUGCCACAACCGCAACUUCAUAAAAGGUUACUUCAAAAGUAGCAACGCAAUCAGAAUUGCAACCGUUUGGAACAGUUUUUAGCCUGUGUAUAUGCAAUCCACAACGCAUGGUGUUCUACAUUGAAAUUCGAAUUCGACUGAUGAUUGAUGAUUCGGAUACAGCGGCAGGAUGACUCUAUAUCAAUAUGUCGCCGAAGCAAGGCAACCGCUGAAGUUCUUCUCAUAGAAAUUUUCUCCUGCACAGACAACGUAUUCUGUUUUCGAACGCGAGUUGACAGCUAUGAAAUUAACGGUGAAAUAUUUUCAACAUCUAUUUGAAGGGAGAUAAUCCACUAUUUAUACUGGCCACCGUCUGCUCACGUAUGCUCUGAAUGCUGAUUCGAAUCAUCUACCUCACGAAGAACGGUCUUUGGAGUACAUUGCGAGUUGCAUAUAAGAUAUCCGGUAUAUUAGUGGCAAAGACAAUUCUGCUGCAGAAACAUUAUCCCGAGUCAAAACCAUCUCAGCUCCUUCAACAGUAGAUUUCGAAAGUGCUGCAAGAGACAAAACUACAGAAGCUACUGGCUGAUCGAACUUCAUCAAAGCUUUUAGAAUCAACAUUAAGAAUCUAAUAUACAGCCGUACCGGCGAACUCGUUCGUUCCUGGGAACGUUCGCCGCGACGCUCAUUUUCAUUCAUUUCAUAGCCCUCUAGAUCAAAAAUUAGAAAACCGUAGAGAUUUUGUACUAGCCAACCUAGUGGUACAACCCUGUCCACUCAUGAACGACGAAUGUUUCUCGUCGAACGAGUUCGCCGGUACGGCUGAUAAUCUGUUUUAACUGAAUAAUUUCUGAAUUGUGAUGUGUUGGAUACCGGACAUGUUAAACCGUAUGUACCAGAGAAAUUACGGCAACAAGUUCUUCACAACAUCCAUUGCCUUUCUCAUCCUGGUAUUCGAAAAAUGAGAACAAUGGUUAAGCGAAGGUUCGUUUGGCCCUCAAUGAAUCGAGAUGUCGCCCGCUUGGUCAGAUCCUGUAUCUAAUGUCAACGAUCGAAAAUCCAGCAUCAGAGCGUUUCUACAUACACCGAGACUGCAGCUGAGAGAUGGCUGUGAGAGAAUUGACAACCGGUUUCUCACGCCGGUGUGUGUAGAAGCUCCGGAAAGCGCCGAGAUGAGACUUUUAAAAUUAUGUUGUAAAAAUCCAUUUGAAUCGCUAAAAUGAAGUAAAAAAAUUCUUUUACUUUUUAGUAAUAUUUCUACGAUUAUUAAACUGCAAAAAUGAAAACUAUAAUUGGGGCCCUUUCCGUUUGAAGCUCGUAGGCUGAAAUUUCAGCCUGUCAGCUGUUUGCAUUGUAUGGCACUUUUCGAGCAGCUAUCUAAGUGAGUAUACAGGGUUUUCCAAUUGAGUUUAGACUAGCCGCAUACUUUUUUUGAAUAGUCGAAAAAGAUUCUUGACUAGCAUCCUCUAUUUUUGAUUACGAGCAGUGGAUUAUUGACUAGGAGCAAUUGAUUUCAGCAGGUCCCUGCAUGACAGCCUAAGAGCGUCGUGUUUAUAACACCCGGUGUGACAGAUGGACUUGAAUAAUAAUCUGUGGAUAAUAUUUAAUGUCAUCCGCUCAUUAGUUGAAAGUGUUUGUUUUAAUGCUAUAUGUGUUAUGGUGAAUAUUUUGCCUUAGUGAGCCAACCUGUAUGUAUCACGGCUCUCACUGAUGAGUGCACGCAUCUCGUGAGAUGCCGUUAGGUUCGGGCUUAUGACGUGAUCCCCGAAGGAUCACUCUCUCUCCGGCGCGCCUCCACAUAGGAUAGUGAAUAAACGUUUUUAUAUGUGUUAACUUAUUAGCGUGCAUUCGUCCACAUCUUAUUUUAAAUGCAUGACGACAGACCUUAACAGUGGCGACGAGAAUUUGUUUUAAAAGUUUAGUGUCUGUAAAGUAAAAGUCUGUGUUUUAACGUGUAAGAGUGUUUAAAAAAAAAAAAAAAACUCCAGCAUCACGUCGAAGCGGCGCAGGAUGAACAGCGAUGGAAGUCCCGAUGGAUGAAGACCAGCGACGAUCAUCGUUAGGCCGUAUCGAUUACCGUGCAAUGACGGCCCAACAAACCGGUGAGGUUCCUUCCGUGUACGACCCGCCGGGCCAUGUUCAACCUGGAUCGCGCGGCUACGUGAGUCAGCAAGGGCAGUUAACACCGAGGCCAGUGCAGCUAGGACCAUCGCCAUCGCAACAAGCGCCAUCGCAGUCAGCACCAUUGCCAUCCGUACAAAAUGGCCAGAUGGGUCAACAACCUCUGGAUAACGCCGUCCUGCACCAAACCUUGCACUUGCUGCAACAGCAAUUGAAGCAACAGCAACAGUUAAUUUCGCAAAUGUUGCAACAGCAGCAAACCGCGCCGCCAGCCCAGCUACAACCCGCACAGCAGUACCAGCCCGCCGGUCCUAGUAACCCAGAACUUAUACUCGAUGCUUUGCCCAAUAGCAUAGCAGAGUUCCGGUAUGAAGCUGAAUCUGGUGUUUCGUUCGAAGCUUGGUUCACACGCUACGAGGACCUGUUUGCCAAAGACGCUUCGCGGCUAGGCGAUGAGGCUAAGGUAAGGCUUUUAGUGCGUAAGUUGGGAACACCAGAACAUGCCCGUUAUAUAAGCUAUAUUUUACCCCGCUCACCACGUGAUUUAUCGUUUGAGGAAACCGUCGAUAAGCUGACAGCACUUUUUGGGUGUAGAGAAUCUCUCCUUAGUAAGCGCUACAGAUGCCUCCAGAUUUGUAAAAAGCGCACGGAAGAUUUGAUCGCGUUCUCUUGUCGGGUAAACCGAGCAUGCGUCGAGUUCCAGUUUGCGAGCAUGAACGAAGAGACCUUCAAGUGCCUAAUGCUGGUGUGUGGGCUCAAAGAUGACAAUGACCUGCGAACUAGACUCCUUGCGCGCAUAGAGGAGCGGAACGACGUUACGCUUGAACAAUUAUCCGCAGAGUGUCAGCGUAUUACAAGUGUGAAAGGAGACAGCGCUAUGAUUGCCGGAGAGACGAAUGAACGUGUUUUCGCAGUACACAGCGGAGAGAAGAGAUCGCACGAGAAAGCAGCGCAGCAAACUAAUUACAAGCGGUUCACGCCGUACCGUACCAAACGACCGUUCCGUGCAAAGUAUGCUGUGUGUUCAUCAACAAGCAAGCCAGCGAAGCCCUGUUGGUUGUGUGGUGACAUGCACUGGGUGCGUGAGUGCACUUACCGUUCGCACAAGUGUCUCGACUGUGCAAGAUAUGGUCAUCGUGAGGGACACUGCAACACAGCGAGCAGGAAGAAGCGGUUCAAUGUUCGGCAACGGAAUAUCAACACUCGUGUAGUAAUGGUCAACGUCCAAAGCAUACGAGAGCGCCGCAGAUUCGUGUCCAUCGCUCUCAACGGAACAGCUGUUCGAUUGCAGCUAGACACAGCUUCGGAUAUCAGUGUCAUCGACCGCCGUACGUGGAGAAAAAUUGGCAGCCCGCCGUUAACACCGUCAUCCGUCACAGCUAAAACUGCAUCGGGAGCUACACUGGUAUUGGAUGGUGAAUUCAGCUGUGCUGUUAGUGUUGGUAGCCAGACGAGGCAGGCGACACUCAGCGUAUGCGGAGCAGCAAACCUACUACUACUGGGAGCCGAUUUGAUUGAUGUUUUCUCCCUCUGGUCGGUGCCGAUGGAUGCGUUCUGCAAUCACGUUACAGUAGCAGGACAGCAAUCGUUCCAGCAGCUUUUUCCCAAGGUGUUUACGGGAAUAGGACUCUGUACAAAGGCGAGUAUAAAAUUUACCUUGCGAGAUAAUGUUCGUCCUGUUUUUAGACCUAGCCGCCCAGUAGCUUACGCGAUGGAGGAAACCGUGAGUCGUGAGCUCGACCGUCUUGAGGAGUUGAAUGUCAUCACUCCUGUAACUACUGCAGAAUGGGCAGCUCCAGUGGUCGUCGUGCGCAAAGCCAACGGACUUGUUCGUAUUUGCGGCGACUAUUCGACGGGACUUAAUGCUGCGUUAUUCCCCCACGACUACCCGUUACCUGUACCAGAGGACAUUUUUGCAAGGCUGGCAAAUUGCAAGGUCUUUAGCAAAAUAGACCUAUCAGAUGCAUUUUUGCAAGUGGAAAUUGAUCCAGAAUACCGUCAUUUCUUGACCAUAAAUACGCAUCGAGGGCUCUAUACGUACAACCGACUUCCACCUGGCAUUAAGAUAGCUCCUACAGCCUUUCAGCAAUUGAUGGACAUAAUGCUAUCCGGUAUCCAAGGCGUUUCAGUGUACUUGGAUGACAUCAUCAUCGGAGGUCCAUCCGAAGCGGAGCACGACGCAACCGUAGUAGAAGUUUUGAAUCGAAUUCAGAACUACGGGUUCACACUGCGAGCGGAAAAAUGCCACUUCAGGGUUAACCAAAUUAAAUAUUUGGGCCACAUUAUCGACAGCCAUGGAUUACGGCCUGAUGCGCAGAAGGUUGAAGCUAUUCGCAAGUUACCGGAGCCAACCAAUUUAACCGAAGUAAGAUCGUUUUUAGGGGCCAUAAACUAUUACGGUCGGUUUGUACCCAACAUGAGAAAUUUGCGCUAUCCAUUGGACGAUUUGUUAAAGGCCGGAGUCGAAUUUCGCUGGACGUCGGAAUGCAGAAAAGCUUUUGAGAGCUUCAAGACGAUAUUGGCUUCCGAUUUACUACUAACCCAUUACGAUCCUAAACAAGCAAUCAUCGUAUCUGCCGACGCAUCAUCAGUUGGCCUCGGGGCGACAAUAAGCCAUAAGUAUCCUGACGGAUCUAUUCGGGUGGUCCAGCAUGCCUCGCGCGCCCUCACAGCCGCAGAAAAAGCAUACAGCCAGAUUGAUCGCGAGGGCUUGGCCAUAAUUUUUGCGAUAAAAAAAUUUCAUAAGAUGAUAUUCGGCAGAAAGUUUUUAUUACAAACAGAUCAUCGGCCGCUUUUGCGAAUAUUUGGGUCGAAAAAAGGGAUCCCCAAUUUUACAGCCAAUCGGUUGCAACGUUUCGCUCUUACCCUACUGGCAUAUGAUUUUGAAAUAGAAUACGUUCGCACCGAUCAGUUUGGCAACGCUGACCUUCUUUCCCGCCUGAUACACACACACGCCAAGCCAGACGAAGAUUCAGUGAUAGCAUGUGUUACAUUAGAGGCGGAAGUAAAAUCAUUGGUAACUAGCGCUAUUCAGCAUGUUCCAGUUAAUUUUAUCGAUAUAAGUAGAGAAACCAUAGCCGACAGAUUAUUAUCCAAAGUCCUUCAAUACGUUCAACAUGGAUGGCCAAAUAAUGCAGCUUAUGAAGGAGAACUGUCGCGCUUCCAUGACAGAAAAGAUUCGAUUACAGCAAUCGACGGGUGUCUCCUAUUUAGAGAGAGGGUGGUAAUCCCCAAAGUAUUGCAACGCACCUGCUUGAAACAGAUAGCAGCUAAGUCUCCAACUCACAUCAAGUCGACCAGCUGGCCAGAAGCACCAGGUCCGUGGUACCGCAUUCAUGUCGACUACGCGGGACCACUCAACGGGGAAUGGUACCUGGUGAUUGUCGAUUCGUUCUCGAAGUGGCCAGAAGUGAUUCCAACGAGCAGUACAACAACAACGGCAACGAUAAGUAUACUGCGUAACAUAUUUGCUCGUUUUGGCAACCCAGUAACACUUGUGUCGGAUAAUGGUCCACAAUUCACUAGUAGAGAUUUUGAAUCUUUUUGUAGGCAAAAUGGGGUUGAGCACAUCAGGACAGCGCCGUAUCACCCGCAAUCCAACGGGCUGGCUGAAAGCUCUGGACACCUUCUUGCAGACCUAUCGGGCCACCCCGAACGCUCAGCUGAAUAAUUCGAAAACUCCUGCCGAGAUUAUGCUAGGCAGGCGUCCCAGGACCUUGCUAGAGCUGUUAUUGCCGCCACGUCAAGCUUCACAACCGAGUGCUGGUCUACGAGUUCGUGAGCUGAAUCCCGGUGAGUCGAUCUACGCUAAGGAAUACGGCCUGAACGAUUGGAAAUGGGCCACUGCUACGGUGGUCGAUCGGCAAGGCAGAUACAUGUACCUGGUUCGGACUGCUGAGGGGAAGACGUUCCGUCGACACAUUAAUCAGCUACGUCGACGUAUCAGCGACGGUUCGUUUAAGGACACAACACGGGCCCAUUCACCACUACCUUUGGAUCUGUUAUUCGAUGCAUGGCACUUUAAUCCGUCACCAGUACCUGCAUCAUCGGGCCAGCUAGAAGCUGAUAAACCGUCCUCACCGCCAGCGCCUGUGUCGUCCAGUGUUGUACCAUCUAGUAAUUUUAAUAUUGAGAGCAGCCGUCCAACACUCAUCAAAUGUCCACGAAGAAGAGCUACAUCCCGCAGAACGGAUCAAACAAUCGAUUCGGUACAUGAACCACGUCGCUCUUCUCGCAACAGAAGACCGCCCAGUCGGUUCGAUGUGUACCGAACGUUUUAAGGAGGGAGAUGUUAUGGUGAAUAUUUUGCCUUAGUGAGCCAACCUGUAUGUAUCACGGCUCUCACUGAUGAGUGCACGCAUCUCGUGAGAUGCCGUUAGGUUCGUGCUUAUGACAUGAUCCCCGAAGGAUCACUCUCUCUCCGGCGCGCCUCCACAUAGGAUAGUGAAUAAACGUUUUUAUAUGUGUUAACUUA